UGAAGCGUUGCGUGCGGUUGCCUCAACAACAACAUCUAUAACUUGGAUUUCUGUGCUGUGCCCUCAUCGAGUUUUGAGACCCGUUUGUGUCGUUUGUUUCAAUCGAAAGUUGCCCAAAUAUGUCUGUGCUGCGUGCACUGCUCCUGCUGGCACUGAGUGCCGUGGCGUUGGCCCAACGUCGCCUGGCCCUUCCCGAUCCAAGGAGUUGCGCCAACCGGGUGCGCCAUGCCAGCUACCGGGAUGCCAGGGGCGUGUCCCACUCGUACUUCUUCAGCUGGGAGCAUGCUCCGACCCGCAGUCUUGAGGUGGACUGGCUGGAUGCGAGGAACAUCUGCCGCCGUCACUGCAUGGAUGCCGUUUCCCUGGAAACGCCGCAGGAGAAUGAUUUUGUGAAGCAGAGGAUCGCCAGGGGCAAUGUGAGAUAUAUUUGGACUUCGGGCAGGAAGUGCAACUUCGCCGGCUGUGACAGGCCCGAUCUGCAGCCCCCCAACGAGAACGGAUGGUUCUGGUCGGGAUCGGGAGCCAAGAUUGGACCCACCUCGCAGAGGAACACCGGCGAUUGGUCGGCAACGGGCGGAUACCAGCAGCCCCAGCCCGAUAAUCGGGAGGCUGCCCAGGGCAACGACGAGAGCUGCCUGUCCAUCCUGAACAACUUCUACAACGAUGGCAUCAAGUGGCACGACGUGGCCUGCCAUCACAUCAAGCCAUUCGUGUGCGAGGACUCCGACGAGCUGCUGAACUUCGUUCGCUCCCGGAAUCCCAAUGUCCGCUUGUAAUUCUAACUAGCCUAAGCUUGAAGGAGAUGAUUAAAAUUUACAUAUUUAUGUAGCCUUAAACGGAACAUUGAUUGGUUGAUUGAUUGAUUGAUUGUUUGAUUCAUUGACUGUUCAAUCCAACACUGAUGGCUUCCAAAGCGCCUAACAUUCGUUUGUUCGGUUUAGUUCGCAGCUAAAGUUCUAAAAACAAAAUUUGAAUAACAUUUCUGUGUCGAUCCGCGCAUGAUAAACAAAAUUGUUAAAUAAUUUUAAAAAUUGUUAAUAAAUACAAAUUGAACCCAACAGUGAAAGACGAUUGUUUAAACAUUUAAUGCAUAUAUUUGUAUUUAGUUCAUUAUACGAUUUCACUAGAAAAUGCAUGUAUGUAAAUAUAUAUAUAUCCGUGGAUCUGUUUAA